UGGCCCAAAACUCUUCUCGUUCUCGUUCUCUCUCUUUCGCGACAAACAACACACACCCAAAUCAAUCACCACUUCACUUCCCCAGUAAUCUCUAUGUUUUCUUCUUCACCAACAUCUCAAACCCUACCUCUCUUUCUUCGCUAUUCCAAACACCAAACAAACACAAUAAACUCCAAAACGCUAAUUCUUUCCUACCAAACACAUACCAAAUUAAAUCAAUUUUUCAUUCAUUAAAUUUCAAUCAAAAACCAUCACCAACCCAUUUCACAAUGAAGUUUCGUUACGCCAUGGUUUGUUCAUCAAACCAGAACAGAAGCAUGGAAGCACACUUUCUUUUCAAAAGGCAAGGCUUCGAUGUAUCUUCUUAUGGAACUGGUACCCAUGUUAAGCUCCCUGGUCCUUCCCUCAGAGAACCAAAUGUCUAUGAAUUUGGAACUCCUUACAAAUAUAUGCUUGAUGAACUUCGAAGAAAAGACCCUGAACUCUACAAGCGAAAUGGAAUCCUGCCGAUGCUUAAAAGGAAUGCAGCGGUGAAAUUAGCGCCUCAAAGAUGGCAAGAAAAUGCCGCUGAUGGCAUAUUUGAUGUGGUUAUUACGUUUGAAGAAAAAGUAUUUGAUAUGGUUGUUGAAGAUCUCCAUAAUAGAGACCAUGUUAUAUUGAAAACGGUGUUGAUAAUAAACUUGGAGGUUAAAGAUAACCACGAAGAAGCCGCUAUAGGAGCAAGGCUUACUUUAGAUCUUUGCCAAGAGAUUGAAGCUGUUGAAUCAUGGGAGGAGUGCAUUGAUGAUCUUAUUGCUGGUUUUGAGAAACAACAUCGGCGAAAGCUUUUGUAUAGCAUUUCCUUCUACUAAAAUUAUACUACUACUUUUCCGAUGAAAUUUUUGUUUAACCUUCGGUAUAAAUUUAGACGGCUUAACCUACCAAACUCAUGGAGUUGAGUUGUUUAUUUAGUUGUGUAGCUUGGAUUGUAAUUUGUAGUAAUUGAUAAGUAUAUGUCCACUAUAUUGUGUUGGAGUUUAGUUUCAAACUACCUUAUUGAUUUGGAGUUUAGUUUC